AUGAACGGUUCUCAACCCGCCAUGAUUGUGCCUUUCCUGACUCCACCACCGUACAUGCGCAAUGGGCUGAUAUGCCGUCCUUCUGACGCUACUGUCAUAAAUCUGAUCACGUCAUUUCCGACUGUACCGAGCGUAAAAAGAAUUUCGUGUCCUCGUAAGAAUACUCCUGCUCUUGGCGCACCUAACAAGCGUGCUCUAAAACACCUGUUUCUCUCCCUUCAUUUAACACCCGAGAACAGUGAAACUGCUACGUCUCUUUCUUCAAUACCUAAUAUUAACAAGAGUACCUGUGCUGAUACCCCUGAUGACGAUUUAGCUGCCCCAGUGGUUAUCCAACCUGUUGAGAGCCCAAAUACCAAUUGCGAACCUACCUCUCAUGCCUUCACAGCAGUAGCUACCGAUUUAUCGUCUACCCAUAUUCCCCAUCUAACCACAGGCCCCCAGUGCCGUCACUGUCGUGGCUAUGGACAUAAAAUGCGUACUCACCACCUUUGCCCGCUGAAUCCGAAGAACAGCACUGUCACAUCAGUCUCGUCUUUUGAAUUAACUUCUUACACUGAUGAUGUUGAUAUGUCAGAUCAGCCUGCUUCGGCCACUACUGGUCCUGGUGCCCCUGCGGACACCUCGACCAGACGAUUAUAA